AUGGCUGUCCUGACCCGUUCCAAGCGUCAGGCAUCCGAGCCCACGGAGAAAAAGCGCGCUGAGCCAAAGACAAUCUCCCGGCUCCUUAAGAAGACUUUGCGUUCCACACGCAACACCUCGCCCCGGACAGGUGAUGCGCUUGUGGAUGAGAACCGAGCGUCCCCGGCCCCUCGACGCGACCACGGCACCAGGGCAAGCACCAACGCCGAUUUCCCUCCACGCGUGGAGACGAUUUACGGCAUCACCAUGCGGCCGAUCGGACAAUACCCCACCGCCGCCGAGUACAAGAGCGCUGGACUCUUGCCUCUUCCCUCCAAGGGUUCCUUCCAGCGCGUGUUCAAGUUCAUGACGCGCGGCAACAAAGGGCCCAGUGAGGCAGUUGUCACGGAUCGUUCAGCACCAAUCUCACCGGUAGCUGAGCAGUCGAUCGUCGCAGAUCUCCAGGGCAGCAAGUCAGUUUCGGAGCCUCUCCCGGGUGAUUCUGAGCAUGACUUGGUGGAGGCAGUCCCCGUCUUUGAGGCGACUGGAUCUCAGACCGCUGGUACCUCCCUUUCUCCUCUCGAGGCCGCGGUUGCCAUGCUUGGACACGAUCUGGCUUCAGAUCUAGCCGCGCCUGGCUCUCUCUCUUCUGCUCCCCUUGGUUCCCUUUCUUCCGGCCCCCUCCUGGCCUCGACAACGCGUCGCCAGACGGACCCAGCUUCUCCCAACGGUGUCAAUAACGCCGACAUGCUGCCCGCUCUGGUCCCGCAACCCGACGUUCCCGUGGCUCGCGACUUCCUCGCCAUUCUGGAGUCACUACCAGCCCCCACUUCUGACCACUACGACGUGGCUCAGCUGAAGCAGGUUCUGGCCAGCUCGAUCACUCAAGCGAGAGAAGCUGGUCAAGAUGAGAUUGCCGUAGACUUGCUCUACUAUUGGUCCGGCACAGCGGGAGAUGACUUCAGACUCUCGCUGAUCCAUAACCUGGGGCUCAAGGAGGUCGACGCCGACCUGUUGCUGGCCUUCAAAACACUGAUGCGCCGGUCGAACGAGGAGGCUUUCGAGUGGUACAGGGCACAUCUUGCCAGUCACGCCGCUUCCAUGACGCAACAGGGUCCAGGCAGCGACUCCGGGCGCUCAUCGGCGCAGCCUGCAGAGGCUGAUCGUGCGGCCCAGGCAUACAAAACAGCGGACAUCUACCGCGACACGUCUGGACCCCGCCUUGAAGACCUCUUCAACGCUGGCAAGACCAACACGGCUCCCUUGAAGAGACCCAAGAAGCCGUGUCCAGUGAAUGAGAAGUCAUUCAAGCGUCGCCGUGAGUGGGAAUGCGACCCCUCGCUUGAGCAGACUCUCCGACUGAAGCGGGCUCGGCUCAUGAAGAACUCAACCCCUGAUCCCAGCCAGGUCAGGGCUGAACGGAGCUCCAUCCGCCCUCAAAAGGAUGAGCCCAUUCUCAUCGAGCAGUCUCUCCGUCAAGUUACGCCAUCGGAGAGCACUGGAGUCGAGGAGGUCGCCAACUCCGUGGAGUUGCCGUCGGAGCCUGUCCCUGUCCCUACGCGUGGACAACGUGGUGGCCGUGGCCGAGGUCGUGGACGUGGCCGAGGAGGCCGAGCCGUUUCUACGCGGUCGCAGCGUACCCAAGACGCCCAGGAGCAGACCGAGCAACAGGUUGGGUCGCAUCCAACCGUCGCUCUCGCCCCCCCUCCUCAGGUGCUUGGGAAACGCUCUCGUGAGUUGUCGCUCGACACGACAGUGUCAGCAGAAUCCGAGCUCUCCAACGAGUGCUAUUCGGAUCGAGAGAACGAAUGGCACGAGGGCUUCGGCCGGCGACAGAUGCCGAAUUCUAUCGCACCACCAGAGAAUAGCGACAACUGCUACGAGUGCGAUCAGGUCGGGAAUCUGCUCUGCUGCGACACCUGCGAGAGCGCAUUCCACUUCGAAUGCCUGCGGCCUGCGGAGGACCCCAAACACCCGCCUCAGGGUGAGUGGUACUGCCCGCGUUGUGGAGUCCGAAACCCGAUCACCACGACAAUUGCCCAUGGUCGACACAAGAAGCGAAAGACCGAGUUCAAUCUCCCGGAUGAAAUCAAGGACUAUUUCACGGGAGUCGAGACCGGCCACAUGUCCGAUGCUCCCAACCCACAGGACAUCAAGAACAUGCGCUUCUACAAGUCGGCACCCCACAUACCGCGUCUGACUAAGCCUCCCAGGGCUGGGACCCGGGCAACUCCUGCCUACGAUGAUCCCAACCUGCUGAAGAUGUCGGACAAUGGGCAGCAUGUCCUUCCGGACGAGCUGGUCGUUACCAAGAUGGUCAAUGGGAAGAUGCAAGAACGCCGUCCGCGCCGUCCAAAGAACGCGACGGUCGCUUCCGUUGAUGUGGAGCCCGCGCCGUAUGAGGAUGUCAAUGAAACGACAUUCGACGACGAUUUCCGGGAGAAACGCCAUCUUCUUCCGGCCGGAGAUUUGGUCCUAGACUUCAUCUCCGCCGUUCGUCAUGACUCCUCACGUCGCCGACAGGACUACUUCACUGAAUUGACCAGAACUUGCAUGGACUAUGCCAGAGGUUUGGUUGAAGAGCGCCUAGCGCAGUCCUCCAAUCAGUCGGCUGACGAGAUUACGGCUUCGAUUGCUCCCAAGAUCAAGGAAGCAAUUGGGAAUCUCCAAUCCGGGCAGGCCAGCAAAGACCAGUACGACGCUGCCGUGGCACUCAUGGGGUUCGCAAAAGGCGACGACUCGAGCGCAUCAGUCGAUGGUUCCUCCUCCUGA